CAAGAAGAGCAGGAUAUCGCUCGUCGUGAAAUUGCAUUGGCUGAUGGAACUGCCAACGAUAACCCCGAGACUGCCUCAGAUUUCGAACGCCUUCUAGCAAGUAGCCCCAACUCGUCAGAGCUGUGGAUUCGCUACAUGGCUUUCCACCUGACCUUGGCAGAUAUUCCGGCUGCCCGAGAAGUUGCAGAGCGCGCUUUCCAGAGAAUUGAGUUUCGUCAGGAAGGCGAAAAACUCAACGUAUGGUGCGCUCUCCUUACGCUAGAGCUGAAGUAUGGGAGCUCCACAUGCCUCAAAGCUACCAUCGAGCGGGCUUGUCAACACAACAAUCCGAAAAAAAUUCAUCUUCGUGUUUGUGAAAUGAUGGAAAAGGAAGCAACCGAAAAAUCAUCCGUGGGUACAACAGAGAGAACCGACGACAUGUUUAGCAAGAUGUGCAAAAAGUUCAAAAGCAAGAAAACGGUUUGGUUGGCGCACGCUAAGUAUCUACUUCGACUAGGGCGUCAUGAAGAAGCGUACGCGCUGUCUAAACGCGCAUUGCUUUCCCUCCCUGCCUACAAGCACGUUGAGCUUAUGUCAAAAUUUGCCCAACUCGUUUUUGAGUACAACAGCGCAGAAAAGGCUAGAACGCUUUUCGACGGACUUCUUCAGAAAAAUCCGAAACGGCUUGACAUCCUUUUCGUGUAUGUCGACAAAGAAGUCAAAUACGGAGAAGCCGAGACUGCGCGUUCGCUUUUUGAGAAGGUUGCUGGGAAAGAGAUUGAUUCUCUUCAAAUGAAGCUUUCGGACAAACAGAUGAAAAGCCUUUUCAAAAAGUGGUUUUCUUUCGAGGAGCAGCAUGGUACUGCUAAGACGCAGGAACGCGUUAAGGAAGCUGCCCGUGCCUAUGUAGAAUCUUCAUCUUAA